AUGUGCUUUGCCUGCCCUCGUCCCGAUUCACAUAAUGCUCGUCCCAAGAGCGAGAAAAAGGGCAAGGAUGAGGAAGAAUUCUGUCCGCCACCACCACCGCCUGCGCCGAGCCACGAUAGCGCACCAACCUUCGCCGCCUGUAGAGUCGCAGAGACCACCCCCGACUCGGAAGCCGAGCUCCGGCCUCAACGUCCCCCGUUCGGCAUUGUAGUGUACGAUACAACGCACACUGCGCGUCCUUCCCGCAGCACUAGGCUUGCGCGUGCUCUUUUCGACCGCACCUACUGGGUUCGUAGCGUUCCACGCCACGAAGACGAUCAGAUCGAGGUCGUUACCCUGCCCUUACCUGAACCGUUCUUAGAUGCCCAACGCGUAGAUGCCUGUAUCCGUCACCACGGGCAGGAGAUUCAGAGUCGUCUCCUAAUCCCCGAUAAAGCCGAAGCAGCCUCGUGGUUCCUGCCAGAGCGGAUCAUGGAUUGGCGAUAUACACGGAGGACCGUCGCAACUAACCUUUUUGACGAUGAUGGCGAUGACGAUGUCGAGGUGGCCUCUUGGGAAGAGUCGCUCGGGGAGGAAAUUGGCAUAUCCUACAGAGACCUUAAAAGAUAA